CCCCCAGCAACACACACAAAUGCAUCAGCACUAGCACUGUGUUCACGCUUCGACAAAUUUAAUCUGGUGUGUGAGUUUAAUCGUGUGAUUUCUCAGAACUUUUUAAAUAAGACACAAACACAAACUUCUUGUUUGUUAGUGUGCGACACUCAGGCUGGUGAGAGUGAGAGGCAGUGAAACUGUUACUGUAAAUGUGAUGUUCAUCACUUCAGCUCGAGAACUGGAGACGCGAACACACUCGGGUGGUCUUUCCUGAACAGAGAGAUGAAAUCAGCAGAGAAACUCAUCCUCUUUUGUUUUCUGUUUGAAGCUGUUUUGUGUCAAGAUUUCUCCAUCACUCUACCAGAGAGUGUAGAAGCUGUGAGAGGACUCUGUGUUCUCAUCCCCUGCAGUUUUGAGAUUAAUGAAGUCUAUGAUGCAGACCUCCAGGGAGAUCCUACAGGAAUCUGGUUUAAAGAUGGCAUUGAUCUUAACAAUAACAAAGUCUUUAACUCAAAAGUAACUAAAGGGAACAAGAUUGAAGGGAAACUAAUAGGAGACCUCCGCAUGAAGAACUGCACCACCGUCUUCUACAACAUCACACAGAGAGACAGCGGAGAAUAUUACUUUAGAAUAGAAGCUUCAGGAGCCCUGAAAUACACUUUCACUUCUCCAUCAGUAUCUCUAAGAGUGGGAGACUCUCCAAUCAAUCCCUCAAUAACACUGUAUAAGGAGGAUCAGGGGGAGGUGGAGGACCAAAAUGAGGUGGUGGAGGGAACUUCAGUGAGUCUCAUUUGCUCUGUUCCAGCUCCAUGCCCCUUUAACCUCCCCACUUUUAGCUGGAACUUCCUGCCUGAGGAGAGAAGACAGGAGCAGAACCACAACACCAGCUUCAGCUCCUCUCAGCUGACCUUCAGCGCUACUCACCUGCAUCAUGGACUCAAUUUCACCUGCACUGCCACCUACCAGCUCCAGAACAACAAUAAAUCAGCACACAGCUCUCUUACUCUACAUGUUCUGUAUGCUCCUCAGAUCUCUCCCUUCUCCGGCUGUAACAGCACUCAGGAUCUGAUCAUGUGUUUCUGUGAAGUUCAUGGAAAUCCGUCUCCUAAACUGGAGUGGCGUCUUUCCGGUCAAACUGUCUCUCCAUCUGAGGCCACGCCCAUUCGAGAGGAGUCUGUGGGUGCCAUGGGUUUAAGAAGCUUUAUUACCAUCCGUCAAUCAUAUAUAGACACACCCACUCUGCAGUGUGUUGGCUCCAACAACCUGGGCAUUGACACCAACCUGUUUAAUCUUAUCAUUUCAGAAUGUAGACCCACUGCAGGAUCUUAUCUGGUUCCUGCUGUCUCUGUGCUUCUCCUUCUGUGUGUUGGUGUUAUUGGAUUUCUCAUCUACAAGUUAAAGCAAUUGUCCAGGAAAGUAAAGAUUCUACAGAGAGGAGAUACUUACGCUUCUCUCCAGCUCUCUGCUGUACAGAACUCUGAAUAUGAAACUCUGGCGAACAACAGAGAGAGGAGAGGAACGAAGAGCAGUUGAAAACUGUCAUUUAUCAGCGAUUAUAAACAGUUAUUGUUAUUGAUUAAAGAAUGACUCAUACUAUUUUCUGUAUAUUUAACAUUGUGGAAUGUUGGUGAAACAAGUUAGUUCCUGUUCUUACUUUUUUUUAGCAGCUAAAAAGAGUCACUCUUUCAACCAGCCUCUCUUUUUCCUUCCUGUUGAAGAUAAUAAGACUAAAAAAAAAAGUUCAUCAUGUUACUGAGAAACUGCAAAGCGCAAGCGAGCUAAUAAUGUUUAGCGAAUGUUAGCUUUAGUUGAAUCACUUGGUUGAUAUUUAAAUAGUUGAUAUCGCACCAUAUCUGGAUAUUUACAUAAAAUCAGGAGUGUAAUGUUGAAAACAAAUAUUUUCACCAAAUAACUGGAUUUCCCUGAACACCCCACUUCUUGUGGAAAUGAUUUCAGCAUAAAUGUGCUUGUAUCCAGCAUGAUAAUUGAGGUUGGAUUUUCUUAUUGCAAUUUUUACCAUUAUCGUCAUUGAUUUUAUCAUUAUUGAUAUGUUUGUUAUUAACAUUGCUUUGAAUAUUUUGUACAGUAUGAACCACAGUCCUCUCAAUAAAGCUAUUUUGAAA